UUUGAUCGAUGACUGAAUGUUGCUAGUAUCGCUGAUAUCCGGUGUCCGGUGUUAUCUUGAUUAUUGUUACAUAUAUUCUGUUAAUUUCUCUAUAAAGGGUUAAUAUAGAAAGAAAUAGAAUAAAUGUAAGAAAAUAGUGUAAAGUUUAAGAGAUGAAAUUAAGUAACUGAUAAUUAUAGACCUUACAAAAAUAUGGAGGAUCAGGAUCCAACAAGUAUUAUCAAUAUGAUAAAAGAUCUACGUUCUGGAACAGAAUCCUAUCGUGAAAGUAUUGGAGUACCAGUGCGAUACUCAGGAACUGGCUAUAUACGUUCAAAAUUCAAUGAAAGUGAUGACAGCAUUAUUUCACCAAAACGGCAAAAAUUAGAUGACUCGAAUACAUCUAUAGUUAACAAAACUCAAUCUGAUUCUGUCCCAGGUAGUCCUUGGGAAUGGCGACGUAUGAAAGGAGAGGUUAUAUCAUUAAAGAGUAGAUUGACUCAACAAGAGGCAACUGUACAACAACUACAUAAUAUACGCAGACAGAUGGAAGAAAUUUUUGAGAAGGAGAAAGGUCUUUUGCAAGUCCAGGUAGAACAGGAUUCGCAAACCAUUCAGCAGUUAGAAGUCAGACUUGAUGUUGCACGACGGACAAUCCAAGAUACCAAAGAAGCACAAGCUGUUGCAGAGAAAGAAUGGUCCCAAGUAAGGAACAAUUUAGAAAACAAAAUAGCAUCAUUGUUAACUGAAAAUGCAAAAUUAUCGGAGAAUCUGAGAAAUACGUCUACAAAAGAAAAAUCUCCUCCUCCUCAAGAUACUAGCGAAUCAAAUGAAUUACAAUUAAAAUUGGAAACUGUGGAAGCUAAAACAACAAUGUUGGAGGAAAGGAUUAAAGAAUAUCUCAAGAUGCAACAGGACUAUGAAUUGCAAAAUGUGGAACUACAGAAUAUGAAAAUUAAGCUAGAAAAACUCGAGUCAGAAAGAGCAUUAUGGGAAGAAGGCAAAAUGUGUAGGAAGAGCUUGAAUAUAGCGAAAAAGACUAUUGCAGUUCUAAAAGAGUCAGUCAGAGAGAAAUUACUCUUAGAGGAGCAAAUGGCCAAUAUGACGAAAAGGCUAGAGCACACUGAAAAAGUAGAGCAACAAGUGGCGAUAUUGGAGGCAAAGCGGUCCGAGCUUGCGCUUCGCUUGCAAGAAUACGAAACGAUUGGCAUUACUGGCGGACCAACGGCAGUGAAGCGAGAGCUGAACCGACUUCAACAAGCUGAAGUGGACUUGAGAUCAGAGGAAGGUCAGCUCAGAUCAAAAUUGGAUGCGGUUUUGCGAGAGUCACAGAACUUGUCAAAGAAUUAUGAAGACGCGAAGAAAUUGGCUACCGAUGUGACAUCAUCAAAGGAAAAACUAAAUAAGCUUGUAAGCAGACUGCAAAAGAAGAUGAUUCUCGUCACCAGAGAAAGAGAUAGUUAUAGACAGCAAUUAGACUUGUACGAGAAAGAGAUAACAGUGGAUGGCAACAAUGCGAUGACCGAGAGAAUACCGGCUCUAGAACGCGCUAUAGAUGGAUACAGGGACUUAGUUAAUAAAUUGGAAGCAGAUCUUCAAGCGGCCGAGACUGGCACGCAGAAGAACGAGUAUAAUAAACUGAGAGAAGAGAUCGAGCAAUUGAAAGGCGAGCUCGAGCAUCGUGCGUUAAAGGGCGACUUCAAUUGCAACGCUCGAGUUCUACAUUUUACAAUGAAUCCCUCGGCAAUAGCGGAGAAACAAGCCGAGGAAAAACAAGCGACUCUGUUACGAGAACUAGAAGAGCUUCGAGCUAAAGUGGGAUCAGGAAACUAUGGCACGACCACAUCAUUGUUGCAGACGCAAGAAAUUACAGAAUUGAAACAAACACAUGAAAUAAAGAUAGCGCGCUUGAAAGAGGCUUUUAAGGCAUCAUCACAGGAAUAUCGCCAAGCGUGUUAUCAGCUAUUUGGUUGGAGAGUGGACCGAACAAAAGAAGGUUAUUAUAAGCUAUUGAGUCAAUAUGCAGAAUCACCAGAAGAUUUUCUUUUCUUCCAUGUAGGAGAAGAAGGCGUGGAUUUGUUGGAGACCGCCUUCUCCACAAACCUAAGUAACCUGAUUGAGCAAUAUUUGCAAAGACAGCACAGUGUUCCUAUGUUUCUUAAUGCUGUACAAUCCGAUCUUUUUAGUCAACAAACUGUAACACAUACAAAUGUCGUGACAUAAUACUGAUCUAUGUUUUUAAUGAAACCAAUAUUUUUAUUUAUAAAUUUCUCCAAGCUUCAAUAUACUAUAAUGUAAUAUUAGUUGAAUUACAUUAAAUGCUAAACACCUAAUAAAUUUUUAUAUUUCU